AUGUUUUUUAAGCCACCGAGUUGCUGCUUGGGCCCAGCAGCAGCAGCAGCAGCAGCAGCAGCAAACUUCACAAAGCCUAGAGGGGCCCCCAGGUGCCAUUCUCUUGGCUCUGAGGGUUUCCGCCUGCUGCUCUUUCCGUUUUCGCCCAAACUGCAGCAGCAGCAGCAGAAACAGCAGCAAACAGCACUAGCAGCAGCAGCAACAGUUCUUAAAGUAGCAGCAGCAGCAACAGUGUUUACAACAGCAGCAGCAUCUACAGCAGCAACAGUAACUGCAGCAGCAGCAGCAAUACCUACAGCAGCAGCAGCACAACAGCAACACUAUCUACAGCAGCAGCAGCAGCAACAACAGCAAUAUCUAGAGCAGCAGCAGCAACAACAGCAGCACGUAGAGCAGCAGCAGCAGCAGCAGCAGCAGCAGCAGCAGCAGCAGCAACUUGUUUCUUUGGGUAUUACCUCAAUUCUUUCGUAA